AUGGCAUUGCAGAAAUCAUUAGAAAUUGAUGUCCGAAGAUCUAGGCAUCUUCAAUUGCGGCCGGAAAUGUCUGUGGGAGAAAUGCCCAAAUCUAUUGUAGAGCUUCUGGUUUCUGCAAAUUUGAACUUCAACAAUGGCGGGAAACAAAGAAGUGUGAAUUCGACAGCAAAGGCGACAAGUCGAAGCUUGGAACUGGUCGAGAACUUCAAUUCGACGUCAGGUGAAGCUAAUGGUGACCUUGAAUUGCACUGUAGAUCCCGAUUUUGUACUUGA